UAUGAAAGUGGCGAUCUGGGAGGAUUACGCAGCUUGACGGUGCAAAAAAGGAUACAGUUGCUUGGGUGCUGAUUUGGACUCAAGGCAGGAGUGAAGACAUGGGCUCUGUUUCUAACCAGGAAUUCUCAGGAGUGUGCAAAACUGAAGAAGAUGAGGGACCGAGCGCUGAGGAGGACUCGCAGUCGUUCCACGGGGUCGGAGUAUGCAAGUGGUUUAACGUACGCAUGGGCUUUGGCUUCCUGUCCAUGACCAGCCGAGAGGGAGUGCCACUGGACGAACCGGUUGAUGUGUUCGUCCAUCAGAGCAAGUUGCACAUGGAUGGCUUCCGAAGUCUGAAAGAAGGUGAGGAUGUCGAAUUUACAUUCAAGAAGUCCUCAAAGGGCCUUGAGUCUCAGCGAGUCACUGGACCUGGUGGUAUCCACUGUGUGGGCAGUGAGAGAAGACCAAAGGGCAAGAAGGUUCAGAAGCGACGCUCCAAAGGAGACAGGUGCUAUAACUGUGGAGGCCUAGACCACCAUGCUAAAGAAUGCAAGCUGCCACCUCAGCCCAAAAAGUGCCAUUUCUGUCAAAGCAUCGAUCACAUGGUUGCCCAGUGCCCAAUCAAAGCACAAAGUUCUCAGGGAAAGCCUUCGAGUGAGGAGGAACAAAGUCAACUGGCACCACCUUCAGAAAUGACAGAUUAAACCAGGAACAGAGCAACUCUGAAACCCGGGGCAGCAAAGAAGCCAAUCACACUGCUUUGAUGAAGAUAUGGGACAUGCUCUCCAAUUCCUGUUGAAGCUGCUUUUGAAACUACCUCAGGUUGAGAUUGCUCAUUUAGAGCUUUUUUUUCUUUCAUUUUGGUAUAAUACUCAGGAAUACUGCUGUGAUAUUGCACUCAGGAUUUGUUCUCAGGACUCUCUCUAAAUGUUGGAUCCACUGUUGAUAGAGGGGCUAGACAGACUAUAGUGAUCAUUGCCAGGAUUAAUAGCAUUGUCCGC